UGAAGAACUGAUGCUUUCGAAUUGUGUUGCUGGAGAAGACUCUGUUCUAACAGAAAAUAAACUGUUUUUAAAUGUAUUAUAAUGGAAAAUUUCAAACAGGCACAAAAGUGGAUGGAGUAGUAUAAUAAAUACCCAUGACCCGUCAAUUAGUCUCAGCAAUUUUUAACACAAAGCCAAUCUCAAGUAGAUCAUUCUUCUGUCUUCUCUCCAUUUUUUUUUUAUAUGGUAGGUUCUAAAACAGCUUUUUAAACCUUGAAAUUGAUGCUCAUUUUAUAAAACACAGCCUUGCCAACUUUGUUAUUACUUUAAAAAUUGCUUGAGGUAAUUAUUUCCAGUUUUUUAAUAUGAAUUUUCAUAUUGGAAAAGACCCUGAUGCUGGGAAAGAUUGAAGGCAAGAAGAGAGUGGAUGACAGAGGAUGAGAUGGUUGGACGGCAUCACCAACUCAAUGGACAUGAGUUUGAGCAGAUGCUUAGCAAUAGUCGAGUUACAUUUUCCUUAUGGCUAAUCCACUGCUGUAACACGUAUAGCAUUUCUGGUUUUGAGCACUGAAUGUGUUUGCAUUAUAGUUGGGUUUAGAGUGUGUGGCCAUUAUGUGUGGUUCAGAAUUCUGAGUAGUCCUUUCUGGGAUCACCCGAAAGCUGAGACAAAGCAUGAGCCCUUCACGUGGACUGUGCUGUGCAUCAGGAAGAUAAUACGAGCCACCUACACAAUCUAAAAUUUCCUAAAACCCAUCGGGCUACUUGACAUCCUUCUUUCACUGUGAGUCUUGAAAUCUUCUGUGUGAUUUCCACAUCUAGUGUUGCACCAGCCUGUCUCACGUGCCCAGGGGCGGCACGAGGCGAGUGACUGCCAUGGCCGACAGCACAGAGCUGCCAGGUUGAUUCGAGUGACUCGGAAACUUGGCCCGUUUGACUUGUUUUACCCCAUGAGGAAGUGAAGUGGGCGUAGAGGAAUGAAUGUGAGGAAUGCCCAGGAAUGCAGGGCCAGCUGAUUCUAAACCUGGAAACCCUGAGAGCCGAAGUGGACCAGACGAGACUGCGAGGGGCUCCCUUCCACCACAGGUGCAGACCCCAAAGGAGCAGGACUGGGAGCACACGCAGCAAGCCAGCGUGCUGGCCGACGUGGCCCAGGCGUUCAAGAGUGACGUGGGCAUGUCUGACGGUGAGGGCGACAGGGUCACCCUCUUCAGCUUGGCCACUCAACUGUCACCCAGCGGGCAGGCCGAUGCCAAGACUCUGACUGUGUUGCUUCAGGAGCAGCUGGACGCCAUCAACGAAGAGAUCUGGUUGAUCGAAGAAGAGAAGGAGAACACGGAGCAGCGGGCCGAGGAGACUGAGAGCAGGGAGGGCAGGGGGAGCUUAGGCAGCCUCCGUCGUUUUAAAUCAGUGAGCUCCCUCAACCUGCUUCCCACCUCCUCGCAUGCUGGCUCCUGCCCGCCCCUGCCCAAGCCCAGAAGGAGGCAGCAGAGCCUGGCGCAGGAGGGAGACCAGCUGGGCAUCAUGACUCUGGGUGAUACAAGAUCAUCUCUUAGUGAAGACCAGGGGGUGCUUUAUGGAAACCACUGUGAGCGAAUGACACUCGAACUGCCUCUGCCAGCUUUACGGGAAGAGGUAGGAGAUGACAAGACCGCCAUCAAAUGUGAAACCUCGACCCCCGCCUCGCCGCAGUCCCUUCGGCUGAGCCGCCUGCAUACGGGGGCGCUGCACACAGCCACCCACGAGGACCUCAGGGACGCCCACAACUCGACAGGCUCUCAGGACAACCCCGGGAACAACCCCAGCAGCAGCACCAGCAGGCAGGACUCGCUGCACAAAGCCCCAAAGAAAAAGGGCAUCAAUCAAGUCCUCCAUCAGCUGCUUGUUUCGCAAGAAGGAAAAGGGCCGGCUGAACACCCCAACAAGGAGGCAUUAGGACCAGAUAACUUUCUUGAACAUCAGAUCAUGGAAGAUAGAAAUAAUGUUACUGAAUUUAUCCUCUUAGAACUUUCUAUGGACAAGAAAGUCCAGAUCCUCUGCUUUUUAUUUUUCUUAUUCUGUUACCUGGCUAUUUGGUUGGGGAAUUUGAUCAUUGUGAUUUCUAUUACAUGCAGUCAGCUAAUCACCCAGCCCAUGUACUUCUUCCUUAACUGCCUUGCACUCUCAGAUCUCUUCUACACCUCCACUGUGACACCCAAACUCAUGACUGACUUACUGAUGGAGAAAAAGGCCAUUUCCUAUAAAAACUGCAUGACACAGCUUUUCACCACCCACUUCUUUGGAGGGGGGAAUGAGGUCUUCACCCUCACAGGGAUGGCCUGUGACUGCUAUGUGGUCAUCAGCAAACCUCUCCACGACGCCAUCACCAUGAACAGGCAAAAACGUCACUCAAUUCUCAUAGCGUCGUGUGCAGGGGGACUUCUUCAUUCUCUUGGUCUCUUUCUUCUUGCGAUUGUUUUACCUUUCUGUGGCCCCAGUGAAAUAGACCACUAUUUCUGUGAUGCAUAUCUUUUGUUGAAACUAGCCUGCACUGAUACACACAAAAUUGGCUUUUUUGUCAUUGCCAAUUCUGGCUUGAUGGGACUGGUGCUCUUUGUGGUUUUGAUGGCCUCCUACAUUUUGAUUCUGUAUAAUGUGUGCACAUAUUCUGCAGAAAGCCACCAUAAAGCACUUUCCACCUGUAGUUCCCACAUCACAGUCGUGAUCCUCUUUUUCACACCUGUCAUCUUUGUUUACAUUAGACCUGCCACAACAUUACCAGAGGAUAAAGUGUUUAUGCUCUUCUACACAAUUAUUGUCCCCAUGCUCAACCCGCUUAUCUACACACUUAGAAACAUGGAGAUGAAAAAUUCCAUAAGAAGAGUUUGGUGCAAUAAAAGGUUCUGGGAAAGGAGCUUAAUGAUCUGAAGGUCAUUCAUCUCUGACGCCAGUGACUGUCUUCUCAUCACUCCCUCUGUUGCUGAGUCUCUCCUGCUAAUGGGAACAUCAGGCAGAAUGUGUAAAAGCCAAGCCUCCAACAACAGCUUGCCUUCAGUGGUUCCUUCUUUAUUUUCCUCUCAAUGCGUUUUCCUUGAUUUCACUUUUCACUAAUAAUCCCCUUUGUUUAAAAAAAAAGAAAAGGAAACUUUUUACAGAGUAAAAACACACUGAAAAAUCUGGAGGGAGAGUGAUCCUGCCUGUAUUGAAGGCUAAACCUGGGGGAGACUUCGCUCUCAAAAUACUUGGCCUCAAGGUAUAAAAGGUAAUAAUAUGUUACAAGGUAAAAGACAGUUAAAGAAUCCACCUGCUAAUGCAGGAGACACAUGUUCAAUCCUUGGGCCAGGAAGAUCCUCUGGAGAAGGAAAUGGCUACCCACUCCAGUGUUUUUGCCUGGGAAAUCCCAUGGAGAGAGGAAUCUGGUGGGCUACAGCCCAUGGGGAUGCAAAACAGCUGGACAUGAUUCAGCGACUAAACAAAAACAAAAAGGCAGUUAUAGGAAAAUAAGAACAAUCACAUACUGCAAACUCCUUUCAGAACUAUAUACCUAGCCUCGUAUCCUACAACUCUAGAUUUCUUUUAAUCAAGUACCUAGAGAUUUUUUUGUGUGUAUUUGUGAACUGCUAUUAUUUUACUUAAGUGAAAAGAAUAUAUAGAUCUAAAUACAACAUAGUGUAAAGUCCAGCCUUAUAGUCGACAUGGCAAGUCUUACAGUCUGAAAAGCAAGUCACUGUGUGAUCUGUUUGUGAAGUAACAUUGUAAGUAUUGGGGGAAAUAUAUGUGUAUGUGUGUAUGUAUAUAUAUAUAUAUAUAUAUAUAUAUAUAUAUACACAAACUCAUGCUAUUUGAACUGGGUUUGACAUUAAGUAUACAUGAUCAAGGAAUAAAUAAACUACAACUGACUUUGCUACAAAAAAGAAGAAAAUAUAAAUCCUUUAGUUCCUCAAAACAGAUGAUUUAUCUCAAAGUAAAAGACUUUCACUUACUAUCUAAAUUCAAGUGUAGAAUAAUCCUAAAAUAAUAUUUGACAAAAUAUAGAUCAGACUCAGUGAUGGGAAUAUAUAUAUAUAUAUAUA